CGUAAAACGAGGUGUCGUUAUGAGUAGGAAAUCAGACGUUCCAUCAGUUCACAAGACAACGUUCUCCGGUUCAGAACUCCGUAUCACUAAAAAACACCAUACUCAAAAUGGCAAAAAUUGCAGUCAUCUUUCUUCUGUUCGCCCUGUUAGCAGUGGCCAUGUCUGCACGCAUUGCUCGUGAAGAACCUACUACCUCGCCGGUCCUAAGAGCUAUAGAUAAGGUCAAAGAAGAUCUGAACUCGAUUACAUCGGAUUUUAACAAAAUCACUUCGGAACAAUUUAGGGUAAUCCGUGCAGAUAUUACGUUACAUUAUACCCGUGGAUUUAGGAAAGACGUAUAAUGACGCUGUCGAUGGUCUGCUGAAUCGGACAAUGAAUCUUCUUAAGAGCCAAAGCCGAUUACAGCAGGUGACCCUGCCGCCGGUCCAUAAAGAAGUUGAUGCCUUGCCUUCAAAUUAAUUCUCCACAAAUCGAAAUCAUCCAGAAAUUGACCAUUCGGCUUCAAAUUUAAGUCUGAAUACAUUAAACCGCUUUUGAAAAAUCAGAAAUAAAGUAAUAGAAGUAAAGUUCA